AAACAAAUCUUACUAGUAAUGACAGAAUGUGUGUCAAGCGUCGUGAAGGUUUUCCGUUGUUCUAUUCACUUCCGUUUGAGUUGCGCAUGCUCACUGAAGCAAGCUCGAGAGCCAAUAAGAAUCGCCCUAGGAAUUAAUCAUUCCACAGCCUUGUACCUCGCCGCUGGCACGAGGCCUGCUGUAAACAAUGUGCUCGGUUCCAUAACUCAGACAGCCCUUUUUCGUAAAUCCAAGCCAGUGCUGUUAAUAUAAAACCACUCCCAGCAAAAAAACGUACCCCUUUGGGUUGUUCUAGCAUUGAUUAAUGUCUUCAUGUGUCUUUGGUUCAGCGAAUUGUUCGGGAAAAGGUUCGGAACUCGCCGCCGUUCGUGUGAUAAGUUCGUAACCGAGCGUAGACUAGUUCCAAGUUCUCUCACGACCAAGGGCAACCUGGGUGAUGGAAACGAAGCUCUACCUUUUUCUUAGGUAUGGAGCUCCGCUUUAACAAGUAGGCGAGGCCAGUAAAUCCACCAAGAACUUUACCGCUCUACCGCUGCCUACCCACACACCUCCCUCCCCUCUUAUAGGCCUUUUACUCACCACGCUUUUAGAGGGUAUUUAUCUGUUUACAGACCAAGUGCAUUACGUCGGUCUCUCGGUUUUUUAUUCAUUGAGACCGUGCUAAAAAUAGGAGCCUGCUACAAAAUAUUCUUCCAUCCUAUAAAUUGAUAUCUUUCUAAAACGCUCCCUUUGGAAAAUUCUUGUCGCAUCUUGUGUUUUCAAAAAAGUAUUUUUUUUAAACAUAUUGUUCAAAACAUGUUGCUUUUUUCCCCUUUGGCAGUUUAAUUGUCGCUAAUGAAAUGUGAAAACAGGAAAGAGACAAAUGAAUUUUUUCUUGAUAACCAUUACAACCCAAAUCAAUUUCCGACAUAAUUUUGGAACUGACGCAGAAGGCUUCAUUAUUUUUUUAGAUUAAGAUGCUUUUAGCGAGUCUCACUCCGUCUCGAUAUCAGUUAAAACCCAUAUGUCAUACGAUACAAGAGCUACCAAAAGGCUCGUAUUUUAUUACGCGCGGCUUACAAAGAGACAGCUUAACCAUCAGUGUGCGUUUGUAUGUAUUCGCCCAUGGCGAUUAUCAGGAAGAUGUAUUUCUGGUAUAAAAUCUAGCUUUAUUGAUAAACACACACGGUCUUGCUAGUCAUUACACUAUCAUUAAUGAGCGGAGUUUCAAUUUGUCUCUAAAUUAUUUUAAUUUUCUUGAGCCAUUAAUUCUGCAUCGCUUAUGUGUAACAGACGUGAAAAUGGUUAAUAGCGGGACAGGUGUAGCCUUCAACUUGAAUUUAUCAAUAAGUUCAAAACAUUUCAAGAUCACUUUACCUCAUAGGACAUAUAUCUUGUUAGAAAACAGCUAAUUAGCUGAAAUCUUACUACUCUCAAAGUCUUACGAUAAAUAUUUGAUCAAGAAAGCGGAAGACGCCGACUCUUAAAAGAAGGCGUCACACUUUUGCGGUUCAAGUAUGUUUUCUAAUCUAUUUCAUUCUUGAAUUCGACUUCAUUUUCCUUUCUGACUCGGUGUAAAAUCUAAAAAGACUAUGACUCUCGCUGUGAUGAAUUUUUUCCUUCUAUUUGGCCCUCCCCCGCCGUUACCCCCCUGUUGGCUCCCUUUCUUUCUAGGUACAGCUUAGAAUAACAAGCACGCCAGAAAUAACAACGGAACCUUGACCUAGUACAUGCUAAACCUCUCUAGUCAUUGAAAACUGAUAUUAUGGCUUUUAAGAUGAACAUAUUAUGUUUCUAUAGACUGCAGCUUGGCAAUAAUACAAAAAACACGGUUAUACAAUAGGCCGCUUGCUGACUUAUGGCCAAGUGGAAUACUUCACGCAAAAGAGGGGAUUUUUUAUUUCAUGCCUUUUAAUCUUUCAAUGCUAAAUCUUAGUUCAAUUCUUCAUUUCUAUUAUGAUGAUUUUGUACUGUAAUACUUGCAAAGCUUAUAACUGUUUUUCAAAGCUUCUGCUUUUCAACACUUAGAACAUCAGUAAGGGAUUUCAAAGCACCUCUUACUGUAAUGUCCACUAUAAUAUCUAUUCCAAUAAUAUCCAACACAAGUACCUGUAAUUCGUAAACUAGAUAAAUCGUGUCCCAUUGCAAAAUAAUGACUCGAACUUUUACAUUAAUUUAUUAUUUAUUAAGCGAGACGCCACUCGCGCUGCACAUGUUUCCAAGCGAUUCUGUAUGUUGAAUCUUUUGCCACCACAAAUGUGCCACAUAAAAAAGUCUUGUGUAAUUUGCCAAAAUUGGGGCGAGAGGUUUUAAAAUCCUUGAGUAGGACUGAGUGGAUAAGAGGAAAUUAAUCCUUCAAGUUUACUCGGAACAGAAAAUUAACACAGCAUUUAUGCUAUUUAAAAGAGACACCGACGUUGGGUGGUAAUGUUUGAUUGAUAAUUAAGCCUAAGGGCCCUAAGGCUACGGAAGAUUGAGGAAAAAAUCAUCGAAAAACUAAACAAAGCUACCUAAAAACGAAUUUGGAUUCAGAAUUACAUAUUAAAAAAGGCGAGUGUGUUGAAUUGAACGAAGAUGAAAGUUUGAAGAUAAACUCGAGCUUUGUAAAACAGAGAAAACACACUGUGGAUUAAUGCCAGGAAAACAGAUGAAAGCUGAUGAAAAUCCCUAAUCAGACUAACAGUUGAUAGAAAAACAAGUUGCCGCAAAACCGCAUCCCAAAUACCUUACCCACGGGGAUAAAAAAAAACCGACCAUUUGACUUGAGGGUAAAAGAAUAUCAGAUAGGCAAAAUCUCGCGACCUUCACAGAGUGUUAUCAUUCAUCACAGUGAGUAUUUACAGAACUAUCAGCCCAUUCGAGUUCUAUUUUCCGUCGUAAGGUUGUUUAAAAGGCGCUACGGAAAACAAAAAUCUUCGCGUCGCACCGCGCAAUUCCGCUUAUACGUCGUAAGUAAAGAAAAACCCUUAAUGACGACUUGGGCAGACAAGGGAAGCAGCUAUUUCCGGAUUUGCGUCUAGUGUUUCACCGCAAUAUUCAAGAGUGUCGAAAUUAUCUAGAAAGACGCGUUGUUUUUACGGCUGCAGGAAUAACAAACACGUGAUUUUGUUGUUUUAAAUGGUUUAUGAACACCUUGAUUCUAAUAAGCAGCUGGAAGUUGAUGGAAAAACAAUAACCCUCGAUUAUUUAAAAUCCACCUCAAGAUUGUGAUACCACAAGGACAACUUUCUUGAAUAGCGUCAAGAUCGUGUUACAUUUAGCUUGUAAUUUUGGUUACUGGAGAAACCACUUAAGAAAGGAACGUUUAACAAAUGUUUGAUAGAUAUUCGAGUAGUCGGAGCAAUUGAUUUUUUCCCGAGGGCUUCUUAAGAAACAGAAACUCCGAAAGAGAGGAAUCGCAUUGAAGCAGCAUGAGUAACAUAACGACCAACAACAGUGAUACGAACUAUGCCCAGUGCGACAACACAGCAAGCAUAGCAGUGCCUUUCAAAGUCUCUAUUCUUUCAUUAGUCCUCGUGGUUGGCCCGCUCACCAAUAUCCUGAUUAUAAUCCUAGUUCUUCGGUACCAGCGGCUGAAAAAGAACAUUAACUACUUGAUCGCCAACAUGGCCGUCUCUGAUCUAAUGGCUCUUCUUCUUGGGGUUCCCCAGUGGCUGGAGAUGGAGCUGUCCGGCUCCAUAUCGUGGAAGAUAACUGGCUUAUUAGGCUCCAUAACCUGUAAAGUGUUCUACUUCGUGUUUUACACCGUGCCGGUUGUAUCGCUGCUUACCCUCUUAAUCAUUUCGUUGGAGAGGUAUCGGGCGGUGACUAGGUCUAGCUGCGCCGCUCCACCAUCGCGCCGUCAGAUAGCCAUCACGAUUCUGAUCUCCUGGCUCAUUCCUUUGCUGAUGUUUAGCUCGUCGCUCCACUUUUUCGACGUGGUUUCCUAUAACGGUGUGCAGAUUUGUCGCAUGACACAUGUUUCUCUACUCACUUCACUGCAGUAUGCUAUUAUCCAAACGGUCCUCACUGUCCUUCUUUUCGUCGCUAUGCUAGCCAUCAACGUCAUGAUCCUGAAGAAGCUUCGCAUGUCUCGAUUCGCUGCGAACCUUCCUGAAAUUCAGAGAAAGAAAAGAGAAAGGCGUAUUAUCCGUGCCGUCUGUAUGGUCCUGUUUUCUCUGCUGCUCUACUCCAUCUGCCUUCUUCCUGCGAAUAUCUUGGAGCUGGUGAUAGCUGCGUAUUGGUACUACAACAAAGUUCCCAUCUCAGCCGCUUUUUGUAUCAACUGGAACGCCCUCCUUUUUGCUAUCUAUUUUCUCUUCUAUGUUAAUUUUACAGCUAGCCCGUUUAUUUAUAUUUUUUUCUUAGAGGAUUUCAAUUCUAGUGCGAAAAAGUUGCUGUGUUGUGGGACCAAAUCGUGGAAGGCUGAACAAGAGACUUUGACGGAUCAACCGCAAAUACCUACCACCCACGAAGAACUGAAAACGCUGGUAAAGCACUGUAACAACUGAACGCUGGUAAAACUGAACACCUGAACGCUGGUGAAACACUAAAACAACUGAACGUUGUGGAAACAUUGAACAACUGAACGCUGUGGAAACACUGAACAACUCAACGGUGGUAAAUAUUUUGUUUAUUCAAUUUCCACCAGUUAUACUGGUGCCAUAUCAAAAUUUGGGUGUCCUUCAUACCCACUCAGCCGACCUCUUGGGAGCCUGGGUCUAAGGGCUUUUCGAGAUCAGUGAGAAAAAAGAUUUGACCAAGCGAUCAAGGUUUUCUAACAAAUUUUGGCCGCAAGUCUCAAAUUGACAUGAAUCAGCAUAUUUUCACCAUGUUUUCAGGAGAUCAGGGAACGGGAAAACUGUAGCUCCUCUAAAUAUGGGCAUCAAUGCCCAUAUAAGGCAACACAUACGAAGGACACUAUAUGUGGGGAAUAUGUUUGAUAUGAAGGUACAACAGAGCUAGGAUCCAAACCAAGUGCCCCCUUGAGUGCAUUGUUAGUAAGCAUUGUAAGCACUGUCACUGGGGGUGGUCACUGCCAGAGGGUUUUUGAGUCCCUAGUGGUUCUUUUACGUCCCUUCGGUUCAGGUUAGUGUAGUGCAGCUUGAAGAGACGGGACCUCCGGUUUAGUGUCCUUAUCUGAGAAGACUGGAAACACGGGAGAACAACUUUAAUUCACUUUUGAAAAAAACUCGAAUAAAGGCCAACAACAGUGUAAAAAUCCCCAGUUUGGGCCAGGAUUCGAACCUGGGCCACAGCGGUGAGAGACCGACGCGCUCACACAAUGCGCCACCCGUGCUUCCAAACAACUGAACGCUAGUAAAAUAAUAUUGAACAAUUGAACGCUGGUAAAAUAAUACUGAACAAUUGAACGCUGGUAAAAUAAUACUGAACAACUGAACGCUGGUAAAAUAAUACUGAACAAUUGAACGCUGGUGAAAAACUGAGCAACUGAACGCUGGGAAACAAUGUAAUAACUGGACUCUGCUGGUGAAAAACUGAACGACUAACGCUGGUAAAACACCGAACAACUGAACUCUGGUGAAAAACAACGACUAACGCUAGUAAAACACCGAACUAGCUUAUGAAAAACUGAACGCUGGUAAGACACUGUAACAACUGAACGCUGGUAAAACACUGAACAACUGAACGCUGGUGAAACACUGAACAACUGAACGCUGGUAAAACACUGAACAACUGAACGCUGGUGAAACACUAAACAACUGAACGCUGGUAAAACACUGAACAACUGAACGCUGGUGAAACACUGAACAACUGAACGCUGGUGAAACACUGAACAACUGAACGCUGGUGAAACACUGAACAACUGAACGCUGGUGAAACACUGAACAACUGAACGCUGGUGAAACACUGAACAACUGAACGCUGGUGAAACACUGAACAACUGAACGCUGGUGAAACACAGAACUACUGAACGCUGGUGAAACACUGAACAACUGAACGCUGGUGAAACACUGAACAACUGAACGCUGGUGAAACACUGAACAACUGAACGCUGGUGAAACACUGAACAACUGAACGCUUGUGAAACACUGAACAACUGGGAUAUCCUGCAUAGGCCGAUUCUGUCGCGGUGAAUAUUCCGGAACUUCUUUUAAGGAGUACAGACAGACACCAAAAAGCCGGGUGAUACGGCUUCAAGAACAUAACAAUGAAGUUUGCUGCACCGAACCGAAAGAUUUAGUAUUAAAACAUGAAAGAGAAUGAUUCGUCACUCUGCUAUCAAGCGAAGAACAACUAUACAUAUCGAUCAAGCUAGACUUAAAGGGUAUUUGCUACGCCCUUCGGGCCAACUUUUUUUCUUUGAGUUUUAUGGGCGAAUCUCAAAUGGAAACGAUCGAUUGUUAUCAGGGAAGUGCGCACAUUAUCAAAUCGGAGGUGGAAAGGCGAAUUAAUCCAACGUUUGUCCAUACGGGGUCAAACACUGGUAAAAUAAAAAAGUUUUGGGUUAGACUGUUAGAAGAUUCUAAUGAAGCAUCAAAUCAAAAUAAGUUAUAUAACUUAGCAAUUUCUGUAGAUAGUUUAAACAGUUUCACUGGAAGUGGAAGGGAAGUGGGAAGUGCGCACAUUAUCAAAUCGGAGGUGGAAAUGCGAACUAAUCCAACGUUUGUCCAUACGGGGUCAAACACUGGUAGAAAUAAAAAAGUUUUGGGUUAGACUGUUAAAAGAUUCUAAUGAAGCAUCAAAUCGAAAUAAGUUAUAUAACUUAGCAAUUUCUGUAGAUAUUUUAAACAGUUUCACUUAGACUGUCUAAGAUUUAUAAGAUUUAUGAAGCAACAAGCCAAAAAUUGUUGUAAUACGCGUAGUGUAGUUCAAGAUAUAGGUCGAAUUUCACAAAUGUACAAAUUAAUAGUGUAGGUAUAAACGAGGCGUUGUUUCUAGACAUAUUCCAUUGCCAUGUAGACGCCACAUAUUGCCAACGCUUUGUAAAUAAGGCCUAGAUUAAAUGGCUUGGCAGAGCAUAGUCUAGCCGCUUUAGUUAAGUUAAUCAGGGGCCGGUUCCUGAAAGGCCGAUUAACUAACCCUCGAUCAGCGCCUAAUCCCGGGUUAAAAUUCGCUAAUCGUAGGUUAGCUAACCGACGGAUAACUCACCGUUAUUGAAAGCCAAGUAAUCCCCCGAAUUACUAACCCUGGAUUAAACGAGUGAAAAACUAGUUUGAGGAGCAAAAUUCACACAGGGUACCCAGUAUAUCAACAGAAAGCAACUUAAAUUUACCUUUGGUGAUUUUAUUUUCGCAGAAAAGCCCCAAAACACCUCUACAUCACCUGUAAUUACCUCCAUUUCAUGGCCAAAAAAUUGUCAUUUGCAGGAUUCGAGUUGGUGCGUGACACUAGCCAGACAGAUUCAUUUCAAGUAUAAAUUUCAUGUAACUUUCUGUCUGUCCCAGCACAAUUUUCAAGUCAGCAUCGCAACAAAGGUCACAUAAUAAAGCGAAAUGUUAGGAUAUUUGAUCCCUACAUUGUUUUGUGUAACGUCUUUUUUGUCGACAACUUUAUUUUAUGAAGCUUUAGUUCUACUACAAAGUUUGGGAGGCCUGUGUUACGCCAACUAAACAGUGGGUUAGCGAGUUAACCCACCUCGCGAGCAGGGUUAGAUUUUACCUCCAAACUGACCCAGAGUUAGCGCUAACCAGCGUUUCGGGAACGGAACUAAUCUGGGGGUAAAAAUCUAAUCGUGAGUUAGGGCAAAUUUAACCCUGGGUAAGCGCUAAUCGGCUUUUCAGGAACCGGCUCCUGAUAACGCGACGUUUGAUAGCACGCCGUUAAUUGCGCAAGAAAUUGGAUUAUUGAGGGAGUCAAAACCCUACGGUUACUGUGGUCGAGCCUCGGCACUAGGACGAGGACGGUGCAACUGUGGCGCGCCUUUAGUGAGUGAUAUAAAGGAAUAACCAAACACAA